AAAGAUGUUCGUUGGUGGCCUGAGCUGGGAUACCAGCAAAAAAGAUUUAAAGGACUAUUUUACUAAGUUUGGAGAGGUCGUUGACUGUACAAUAAAAAUGGAUCCCAACACUGGACGGUCAAGAGGGUUUGGGUUUAUUCUCUUCAAAGACGCAGCCAGUGUGGAGAAGGUCCUAGACCAGAAAGAGCACAGGCUGGAUGGCCGUGUCAUUGACCCUAAAAAGGCCAUGGCUAUGAAGAAGGACCCAGUGAAGAAAAUCUUUGUGGGGGGUUUGAAUCCUGAAGCCACUGAGGAAAAGAUCAGGGAGUACUUUGGCGAGUUUGGGGAGAUUGAAGCCAUUGAGCUUCCAAUGGAUCCAAAGUUGAACAAAAGACGAGGUUUUGUUUUUAUCACCUUUAAAGAAGAAGAACCUGUGAAGAAGGUUCUGGAGAAAAAGUUCCACACUAUCAGUGGAAGCAAGUGUGAAAUCAAGGUGGCCCAACCCAAAGAGGUCUAUCAGCAGCAGCAGUAUGGUUCUGGGGGCCGUGGAAACCGUAACCGAGGAAACCGAGGCAGUGGUGGUGGAGGUGGAGGUCAGAGUCAGAGUUGGAAUCAGGGCUACGGCAACUACUGGAACCAGGGCUACGGCUACCAGCAGGGCUACGGGCCCAGCUAUGGCGGCUACGACUACUCGCCCUAUGGCUAUUACGGCUACGGCUACGACUACAGUCAGGGUAGUGCAAAUUACGGGAAGAGCCAGCGACGCGGUGGCCAUCAGAAUAACUACAAGCCGUACUGAGGUGGCGCAGGAGCGACUGGCUGACCUCCCGGCACAGCUGUGUUUGGAUAUGGAGUGAACACAAUUAUGUACCAAAUUUAACUUGGCAAACUUUCUAUGGCCUGUCCCAUGUGCAUCUUAUUUAAAAUUUCCCCCUGGAAAUCACUCUCCUGUUAUUACUGUUUCCAGAGCUCUAGUUGUUCAGGCAGCGUGUGGCGUCUCAGGCCAGGGCAGCACUGUGGGCUGGUUUUACUAGCGGGAUGCCCAGCACCGGGGGAGGGUCUGAUUCCUGUUCCUGCUCUGCAGCCUGGACCUGCGGACCCUGGUUGUAAAGAGUAAACCGUAUCCUAGGAAACCAGUGUCACUUUUCACCUUUUAAUUUUAUAUUAUUUGUGUCAUACAUUUCCUGUAACGGAAGUGUUAAUUUUACUGUACUUUUUGGUACCUUUUGGGAAUCUAAUGUAUUGUAAGGUAUUUUACACGUGUCCUGAUUUUGCCACGACCUGGAUAUUGAAGCUAUCCAAGCUUUUGAAAUAAAAAUUUAAAAACCCCCAA